CGCUGCCACAGCCCCUGGCCCCUAACCAGUUCCAAACGCUGACGGUGCCCUCUGCCGUCCCUUGUAAGCACUGCAGCCCUGCGAUGCCCUCAAGGGGCCAGAGGCGCCCCCAAGGCCCUGCCCAGCCUUUCUCCCUCUUCCCUCUUCCCUCUUCCCUUCUUCCCUCUUCCUGAGCCCACAGCUCAGCCUGCGUGGCUCAAGGUGAUCUCAGACACGGAGGCCGACAUUGGAUCCACCCUGAGCUGGGGCUGUGCGGCGGCGGGCAAGCCCCGGCCCAUGAUGCGCUGGCUGCGGAAUGGGGAGCCCCUGGCCUCUCAGCUCUGGCCCCGAUUUCAGGCUGAAUCCCGUCAGGCGCCUGAUCCCUGCAGCGCGAGGCAAAGGCACUGAGAUUCUGGUCAACAGCAGCAGACUGACUGUCACUCCGAAGGGGAUGUUGAUCAUUAGGAACAUUGGCAGGUCCAAUGAAGGCAAAUACACCUGCUUUGCUGAGAACUUCAUGGGUAAAGCCAACGGCACUGGCGUCCAGUCUGUCCAAGAUGCAACCAAGAUCACCCUCGCCCCCUCUAGUGCCGACAUCAACCUGGGGAUCAACCUGACCCUGCAGGCCACGCCUCUCAUGACCCACCAUGGAGCUCACCUUCUCCUGGGCCCUGGACGGCUUCACCAUUGA